CUGAGGCUCUGUCUGAUUGAGUACCUUUUCAUUCUUGGGCAUUUAGCAACAGACACACACGCUCACACACACGCUCUGUGUAGUGAGAAGCUGAAAGAAAUCCUGCAGUUUGCGGCUGCAACUGUGCUGGACAUGCAGAACCGUGAGCACUGAGGUGGGAGAUGGGCUUGCGAACUUGUGUUGUCUCCUCAGUCAGAUCGUGAGGACGAGGGUGUUUUACAUGGUUACGGGUCCAGAGACUCCAUCCUUAGCAACUGCCACAGGCGGAGCUGGAACAGCCGGAAGAGGGAGAAGGAAACAGACUGUCCUGUCUCGAAGAAGACGAACAGCAGUGGUGGAAAGCAGAAGAAACGGGACUGCAGAACUAAAAUCAUGCAAUGCUCCACCCUUUUUCUUGUUCUCACCGGAGUGCUCCUGUACCUGGUGAUGGGAGCUCUGGUGUUCAAUGCCAUCGAGGCUCCUUAUGAAGAAAGCCACCAUGAUGAACUGCAAACUAUCCGUAAUGAGUUUCUAGGCAACUACACGUGUGUGGAUCAAGACCAUCUAGAGUUGCUGAUAAAUAAGGUGGCAGAGGCUAUCAGUGUUGGAGUUGACCCAAGCAGUAACACAACAUUCAGCACCAGUUGGGACCUGGCCAGCGCUUUCUUCUUCUGUGGCACCAUUGUCACCACCAUUGGUUAUGGAAAUAUCUCUCCAAAGACACCGUGGGGUCAGUUCUUCUGUAUCUGGUUUACGCUGAUUGGAAUUCCCUUGUUUGGCUUUCUGCUGGCCGCUGCUGGAGAUCAUCUGGGGACAUCGCUGAGGAAAGCCAUCGCUAAAAUUGAAGCUCUUUUAUGGAAGUGGAAGGUGAGCCCAACCAUUGUGCGUGUCAUCAGCGCCCUGCUUUCCAUCCUUCUGGGCUGUGUUCUCUUCGUAUUUGUGCCAACUUUAGUUUUUCAAAAGGUGGAAGAUUGGACCCUUCUAGAGUCCUCCUACUUUGUGGUAAUCACACUAACAACUGUGGGCUUUGGAGACUAUGUCGCAGGUGACAGCAGUAAAGCGGGUCAAGAUCACUGGUACAAGCCUCUAGUGUGGUUCUGGAUUCUGUUCGGUUUGGCCUAUUUUGUGUCCAUUCUCACCAUGAUUGGGAACUGGAUUCUCGUUCUUACCCAAAAAACCAGAGCUGAGAUGGAAGAGUUGAGAGCGCACGCCUCAGACUGGACUCAGAACAUUCAGAACAUGUCCGUGGAUUUCCGCAUUGCCGGAAAACUGGACGAUCUCAAGAGCACCCGAAGAAAGCGCCGCCACAAGCGCCACAGACGCAGUGGGAGUCAAGGUGGAUUGGGCGAAGCUGGGUCAGAGGGCAAAGGGGAGAACGAAUCAGAAUCCGGAUCGUACUCGGGUUCUUCGGACGAGUCGGAGAGCAGUUCUGAAACCGAUUCUGACGUGACCAAGACAGACAGGGUCCCAGAGGGAGAAAGUGCCAAAGAUUUAGAAAAAGAGGAAAAGGUCUCCACUAAAGAUCCAACUAUCUCUCAACCCCUGGAAUAUUUUGGUGAAAACCUCGCUUUCAUUGACGAGUCAUCAGAUGCAGUGAGCGGGAAGGUUCACCUGGAUCCCUUCCUGGAUAAAUCAGAAUCCAACCCAACUUCAAUUGACAGGCCCAAACGGAGACGACAGAGGAGACACUUGAGAAGGGAUCUGAAAAAACCUAAGAUCACCAUAAUAAGUCCAAAUGAAGUGAGCAUCGACGAGCACGUGGCCUUAAAUGGAGACAUUCAGCAAAAGGACCCCUCUCCGCUUCAGCCGAAGCUGUGAGCAAACAAGGUGUCCGUGGGGUUCGUAGUUCCUCAGAAAUGUCUUUUUGACAUGGGUCACCCGAAUUGAAACUAUACUAGCUUUGGUAUGCUGUGCUUAAUUUUGAAGGCACAUUAUUCUCAGAUUUUACUGGGAUACAAAAAAGAAUCUGUCCAUGUGCCUAAAACGAGAAUCAGAUUACUGUAUAUCACAUCUUGGACACCUCAGCAUGAGCAAGAACUUUUAUGGGGUAAUCAGAUAGCUAUGCACUGACUUUAGUCCUACAUUUAUAUGCGGAAAGUUCAUGAUCACAUCAUUAGUGCCAUCUACUGGAUUGUUCUGAUAUAAUCAGAUAUGAUUUCUACACAUUGACUGUACUGAAUGCUGUGUAUGGAUUCCAUGACUGUUUUAUUCUCUGUGCCUUUUACCACUAUUCUCAUUUAAUAACUUGAAAACAAUAAAGGAAUGUCACUUCAAAUAAUUAUUCAGGUGAAAUCUUGGUUUGAUUCACAUAAAAUACACAUUAAAAAUGAAAAGUAUAAAUAUCUGCCAAAUGCAUAAAUUUAAACUAAGCCUGUCUCCAUCUAAUGUACAUAAACUGAACCUACUCAUUUUUAUU